UCUCGCAUGCUGUGUGGCCAAAAAUAAAUAAAUAAAAUUUUAAAAAUUAAAAAAAAAAAAGAAUCUGUGUCAUUUCCAUCAGUGGAAAACUUGUCACUUGCCCUGAGAAAACAAAACUAUAAGAAUAAGUACAUAUAAUGAAAACAAAACAGUGUUAUUAAGGUCUUAAACUAGUUUCUGAUAGUUGUGAAACUGUAAAUCUGAGACCUGUUCCUUCUCUGUUUAAAAAAAAAAAAAGGCAUUAGCAAGUGUUAAAGAAAUGACAGGCUAAUACCAAAGUGAGACUCUCUCCUUAAUAUAAAAGAAAUAUUAGAAAAGAGGUCAACUUUCUCACUGUGCGUGUUAUCUAGUGUUGCCUGCAAGGACCCUUAAAAACAUUUUAGUUGGAGUGAUAACUGUGCUUUGAAAAAUACUGCUUUAACUGUAUAUCAUCAUUUUAUUAUUUCCUAUGUCUGAUUUGUAGAUGGCUGACUUUGGCUUACUCCUCACAUUAAGGGAACAAUACCAGUCCUCAUGGUCAAGCCACAAUUACCCUUGAAUUAUCUUGAUAAUGGUAAUAAUAAAAUGGCAAUUCAGCAAGCAGAUAAAUUGUUGAAAAAGCAUAAGGAUCUUCAUUGUGCUAAGGUUUUAAAGGCAAUUGGUUUACAGAGAACUGGAAAGCAAGAGGAAGCCUUCACUUUGGCACAGGAGGUAGCAGCCCUUGAACCCACAGAUGACAACUCGCUGCAGGCACUGACUAUUCUUUACCGGGAGAUGCAUCGACCGGAGUUAGUCACAAAACUUUAUGAGGCAGCUGUGAAGAAAGUUCCCAAUAGUGAGGAAUAUCACUCUCACCUCUUCAUGGCCUAUGCCAGGGUGGGCGAAUACAAGAAAAUGCAACAGGCUGGCAUGGCUCUAUAUAAGAUUGUCCCCAAAAACCCUUACUACUUUUGGUCUGUGAUGAGCUUAAUUAUGCAAUCUAUAUCAGCGCAGGAUGAAAACCUCUCAAAAACGAUGUUUCUACCCCUUGCUGAGAGAAUGGUAGAAAAAAUGGUGAAAGAGGACAAGAUAGAAGCAGAGGCUGAAGUUGAACUUUAUUAUAUGAUCCUGGAACGUUUGGGAAAGUACCAGGAAGCCUUGGAUGUCAUCAGAGGAAAAUUAGGAGAGAAGUUGACAAGUGAGAUUCAGAGUCGGGAAAAUAAAUGCAUGGCUAUGUAUAAGAAGCUGAGCAGGUGGCCAGAGUGCAAUGCCCUUUCUCGGCGCCUCUUACUGAAAAACUCAGAUGACUGGCAGUUCUAUCUGACUUAUUUCGAUUCUGUCUUUCAACUGAUUGAAGAGGCCUGGACUCCUCCUGCUGAAGGUGAACACUCUUUAGAAGGAGAAGUACAUUAUUCUGCAGAAGAAGCUGUGAGGUUUAUUGAAGACCGGAUAACAGAAGAAUCUAAAAGUUCUCGCCAUCUCCGAGGACCACAUCUAGCUAAACUGGAGCUGAUUAGACGUUUACGACGUCAAGGUUUUAAUGAUGAGUACAAACUUGGUGAUCCAGAAGAAUUAAUGUUCCAGUAUUUUAAAAAGUUUGGGGAUAAACCUUGUUGUUUCACAGACCUCAAGGUGUUUGUUGACCUCUUGCCUGCUACACAGUGUACAAAACCCACCGGCACUCGAUACUUUGGCAGUCUUGAGGUUACACAUCUAGGGCAAGUGAAACAGUGCAUUCCCAAACUGUUUAUUAAUCAGUUACUUGGAGUUGUUCCUUUGUCAACACCAACAGAGGAUAAGCUGGCACUGCCUGCUGACAUCAGAGCUCUGCAGCAACAUUUGUGUGUGGUACAGCUGACGAGGUUACUUGGCUUGUACCACACGAUGGAUAAAAAUCAGAAAUUGAGUGUGGUCAGAGAAUUGAUGUUAAGGUACCAGCAUGGACUGGAAUUUGGGAAAUCCUGUUUGAAAACCGAGUUGCAAUUUUCAGACUAUUACUGUCUCCUUGCUGUCCAUGUGCUUAUUGAUAUAUGGAGAGAAACAGGUGAUGAGACCGCUGCGUGGCAGGCCCUGACUUUGUUGGAAGAGGGACUAACUCACAGCCCUUCCAAUGCUCAAUUCAAAUUGCUGCUUGUUCGAAUCUACUGUAUGCUCGGGGCAUUUGAACCAGUGGUGGAUCUGUACUCCAGCCUUGAUGCUAAGCACAUCCAGCAUGACACCAUUGGUUAUCUUUUGACCCGAUACGCCGAAUCCCUAGGUCAGUAUGCUGCUGCAUCCCAAUCCUGUAACUUCGCACUCAGGUUUUUCCACUCAAACCAGAAAGAUACCUCAGAAUAUAUUAUUCAAGCUUACAAAUAUGGUGCAUUUGAGAAGAUCCCAGAAUUUAUCGCUUUUAGGAACAGGCUGAACAAUUCUCUUCAUUUUGCACAAGUCCGUACUGAACGGAUGUUGUUAGAUCUUCUACUUGAAGCAAAUAUAUCAACCAGCUUAGCAGAAAGUAUAAAGUCAAUGAAUCUUCGGCCAGAAGAAGAUGACAUUCCAUGGGAAGCCUUGCGAGACAACAGAGACUUAAAUGUUUUCUUUAGCUGGGAUCCAAAAGACAGAGAUGUUUCUGAAGAACAUAAGAAACUUUCCUUGGAGGAGGAGACAAUGUGGUUAAGAAUCCGUUCCUUAACCUUGAGGCUGAUCAGUGGACUUCCAAGUCUUAACCAUUCUGUUGGGCCAAAGAACUCUGAGAAGACCACUGAGAAUGGAGUAACUUCCAGGAUUGAUAUUGUCCGUUUGCUCCUUCAGCAGCUGGAGGUGGCCCUGGAGAUGGGAAAGCGAUUUAUUGAGAAGGACAUUCAGUAUCCUUUCCUUGGUCCUGUACCUACCAGAAUGGCUGGAUUCUUUAAUUCUGGCUGUUCUCAGUGUCAGACCAGCUCUUUUUAUCUUGUUAGUGAUAUUUAUGAGCUGGAUACCAGUGGUUUAGAGGAUACAGUGGAGAUCCAGGAGCGAGUAGAGGAAAGUCUUAGGUCUUUACUAGAACAAUUAAAAGAUGUCUUCAGUAAAUGUAAAGGUGAUCUCUUAGAAGUUAAAGAUGGUAACUUGAAAACACAUCCUACUCUUUUAGAAAAUCUAGUCUUCUUGGUUGAGACUAUUUCUAUUAUCCUUUGGGUGUCCAGUUACUGUGAGAGUGUCCUGCGACCAUACAAAUUAAAUUUACAGAAAAAGAAAAAGAAGAAAAAAGAAACCAGCAUCAUCAUGGUAAUAACAGAGAAAACACAACCACCUGUCUUUACCAGUUUCCAAGACUAUGUUACUGGGCUUCAGACUUUAAUUUCCAAUGUUGUGGAUCAUAUUAAAGGACUUGAAACACAUCUAAUUGCACUUAAAGUUGAAGAACUUAUUUUAGAAGAUACUUCUCUCUCGCUGGAAGAGAGAAAAUUUUCAAAGACUGUACAAGGGAAGGUGCAGAGCAGUUACCUGCACUCACUUCUGGAAAUUGGGGAGCUGCUGAAAAAAAGACUUGAGACCACAAAGAAACUAAAAAUUUAAGUUAGUGUGAACCACAAGCACUGAUGACUCUACAACAGAAAAUGACAUCAUCUUCCCAGGCAAAAGCUACAUCUGGUUGACCAUCAUUUUAAUCCAGAACUUCCUCAUAAAAUGCAUGAAGGACUUUGAUUGUGAAUUAAUUUUUUAGGUAUUAAAUGUACACAACUGAUUAAAUUAUUGUAUAUAAACCCGAAGCAGGACCCUUGUCCGGGUUUGACCACUUUUUAUACAUGUUCAUAUGCAUAUGGCAGCCACAAGAGAGCCCCACUUUUCUUCUUCCCUUCUAUCACCAGAAACAUCUGGUGGUGGUGGGGAUCGUAUAAAAGCAGCAAUAGAAAUUAAGCAUAAAGCAUCCAUCUCAGAGCAGCUGAAUGGCCCUCUGAUUAUAGCAGUGGGUGUUUUGGUCUGGUCCUUGAGCCUUAGGAAGCAGAAAGCAGAAAUAGAGGGGGACCAUGAUUGGGAGCAGGCCCUCUUUCUACAUUAGCAGUUUAGUUUUGAGGCUUCCUCAGCUGCUUGGCUCCCACAGAACCCAAGGCAGGUACCCAAAGGUCCUCAGAUGAAAUUUGGCAUAAGUACCUGCCACUGAAGGGCAUCACUCAGAUGACCACAGGCUCUCAUUUUUCAGCUUAAUAAUCCCAAUGGCCAAGACAUCCCCAUCCUAGCUCCUGUGAGAGUGAAGUCGGAGAUAGGCUUCUGUUAACUUACAGCUGAUUGGAGGGGAAAGUAGUGCAGAUGACUUAUAAGCCUGCUGAGGACUAGCUUGCUGUCUUUCAUCUAUUUGGGAAAGAUGGGAAUCACUGUUUUAAAGAAGAGAGGUGUACAUAAUUUAUGCAGGCAGUUCUAAUACCAGUGUCAUUGGUUUUGUGAGAUAUAUAUAUAUGUAUAUGCUUUUACAUAUAUACAUAUAUUUUCAAGCAUAUAUGCAUGUAAAUGUAUAUAUGCUUGAAAAUAAAGAUUUAAUACUUUAGUGUUUUUUAAGUGGGGGGUUUGGGAAGGAAGAAAGGAAGGAAUGUAUAUUAAUAUGGAUUUAACCUAAGUUUUAAGUUUUAGGCUGGCAAAAGAAAUGUUAUCAAUUUGGUUUGAGGUUCAGUUUACUUUUUUCAAACUUGAGAUUUAUACCAGGAUGGUGUUUACGUUGUUCACCUGGAGCUCCUGAAGAAUACUGCUUCAGAGGUUAGUCUGCCAGAAAAGAUGAACUUUGCUCUUGAAAAUGUUACACAUUUCAUACAAUUGCUUUGGUAACUUUUUUGUGUUUGAAUCUGUGCUUCUGCUUUUGGUCUUUGUUACCCAAAUACUGUUAAAGGUAGUAAUUCUGAAUAGCAAAGAAAUGAAUUUGAUGAGGAAAUUCAAGUAUGUGCUGGAGGAUUGGUCUUAAAGACCUUCAAGGUCCUUUCCAACUCACUUUUCCAGUGAAAUGUGAUACUUUUUUCUUUUAAAAGCAACCAAAAAGAGCUUGGAAGAUCUCUAUGCAAAGUAAUUGCAUUUUGCUCCCAUCAUUUUGACUUUCUUAGAUUCACAAUUUGAUAGGGUGAUUAAUAACUCUCAACUUGCAGGGAAACUUUUUUGAAAAUUACUGAAUAACCUGUUCAAAAUAAGACUUGUUGGAAAUCCUAGUCCAUACUGUAAUUUUAAAAAACUAGUUCUGAUGUUAAUUGGCAGCCAAAAGGAAAGAACUGCCUUGAACAAGAUGAAUUAAAGAUUCUGAUUGAUUCCAAGUCUAAUUUAAUAACAGCAUAUCAUAAUUUCAUAAAACGAUGGCCUGUUUAGAUGGAACUCUGUGUAUGGGGGUGGGGGUAUGUGUGUUUGGCAUGUGUUCUUGAAAUGAUGUUUCUUUGAAUAUCCAAAAAUACUGUACAUAGAAAUAGAAAUGCUCUUUGAAACAAGUGUAUCAACUGACCAUGAUCAUUCUAGCAUAUGUGUGCUCAGUGGGCUGGCCUUGGUCCUCAGGGACAGUGUGUGACUCCAGUGGUCUACCUACCUAGUCUCUUGCCUAGGGGCAUCUGGGUCUUCUACUGGUUUUAGUGACAAAUAAUGUUACAUUGAGUUUAUGCUUCCUUUGUUACUUGUUGAUUUCCCUACUAAAUGUAGCAUUUCAAUUAGAUCCAACCUCUUACAUUGAGAUAAUUGUAAAAAGAAUGAAAUUAUGCAGAAAUGGCCAAUAUCUUUUAUUGAUCUGUUCUUUUGGAAAUUGUCAUGCACUAUAAAUUGUGUACAGUUAAAAAAAAAAUAUAUAUAUAUAUUCUUACAUGAGUAAAAAGCACCCUCUCCAGCAAUUGUAUGUCAUUGGUAUUUGAAGAGAAUUCCCAAAUAACUCAUUGCUGCUGCUGCUGUUUUUAGUUUGUGUGGGUUUUUUGUUUUAUCUUGUUUUUGUGUGGAAAAUUGAUAUUUAAAAGAAAAAAGGAAAGGAGAAAAAAACACGACUACUGUUUACAGACUGAAAAAUUACUGCUUUUUAUACUACUGAGAUCCUAAGUUAAAACUCUCCAAAGCAAACAUUUGGUUUAAAUCAUUUAUCUGAUGUGGAUAAAAGAGAAAUUUUUAGUGUUCUCCACAUAAUGAAAAAUGUACAAAUGCCUAGCUGUGUUGCCCAUCAAUUUUGUAUAUUUUCAUAAUUUUAAUUGUUCAAAAUUGCAUUAUAUUUUGCAAUCACUAUGUUCAAUCUGGAUUUGUCUUUCAUUUUAACUUUUAAUAUAAAAAGGGGUUUCAAUGUAUCUACAGCCUUGUUAUUGAAACUCUUCCUGCUUUUUUGCUGUGAUUUAUUAAUAUAGGAAGCAUAUAUUCUUCCUCUUCAGAAUUAAGUGAAGCAUAGCAAAUCUACUUUAAACUGGAUGGGUUAAUUUAUAUAAACACUUUCAUUUUAAGUUGGCAUUUCUGCCUGGU